CCCCAAGAUGGCGGCCGCGCAGAACCCGGAAGCGCGGCGAGGCGGCGGCCGCCGGGAGGGAGCCUGAGCCCCCCCCGCGACGCAGGAUCUCUCAUGGACCACCAAGUGGCGUCAGAGAACAUCAACUUAAAGAAAAGAAGAAAGCAACCCUAAAACCCAGAGAAGACAUGGUGCAGGGUGAAGAGCACAGAUAAAGAACCUUCCACCACUCCAUAGACUGUUUCACCAGCCCUCAGGACUGUAUGCAGCAGGACACAGGCUGAUGCCCUCAGCACAUCCUGCCAUGGACGGAGGGAAGAACUAUCCACAGCAUGAGCACCAGCAGUCAGGCAAUACUCUAUACAGCAUCCCAAACUUCCAGUCCCAGCUCGCCGUACCAGCCAUGGAGAAUUCCAUGCUGGUUGCUGAUUCGUGGAGUAACUGUUACCCUGCCUCUUUCCCAACUUCAUCUUUCUCAAAUGAAAACCAGCAAUAUUUUAAUUCUCCUCACGAUUUUUAUAUGAAUUCCAUCAGUAGACCACAUUUCUUGGAUACAAACUAUGCAUCUGUGGACCCCACUGAUUUCUUACCAAAAAAUGGUGAUUUUCCUCAGGAUUCUUCGUACCUCGAUGAGCUCUCCAACAACAACUCCCUCUUCUCAUCCCCAGCGGAUUCCCUCUCUGACAUCGCAGAUCCUAAGGACUUCUUGCCUGCUGAUAGUCUCAACCAUGUGCCAACACUGUGGGAUGUAAACACGCCGCAGCAGAACCAAAUAGAGCUGUUCUCUCCCAGCAGAUCAUUCCCUGGCUUAAACAGUUCAAACGACCAUGUUCCUGCUGUCCCCAACACCCCACUCCUCAUAAGCUAUCAGUCUCAGGCUCCUGCAGAGGAGGAGGAUGAAGGUGAGGAGGAAGAAACUGAAGAGUUGGGGCAAACAGAGACAUACGCAGAAUACAUACCUUCAAAGUCCAAGAUUGGGAAGCACCACCCUGACCUUGUGGUUGAAACGAGCACUCUAUCCAGUGUCCCCCCACCCGAUAUCACCUACGAACUUUCCCUUCCACGCUCCAUUGCCGACAAAGGGUCACUCUCUGCACUACAGCUGGAAGCAAUCAUUUAUGCCUGCCAGCAACAUGAAGUUUUAUUACCCAAUGGGCAGCGAGCUGGGUUCCUCAUUGGGGAUGGUGCUGGAGUUGGAAAGGGCAGGACAGUUGCGGGGAUCAUCUUUGAAAAUUAUCUUAGAGGGAGGAAAAAAGCUCUGUGGUUCAGCGUCUCCAAUGAUCUUAAGUAUGAUGCUGAGAGAGACCUGAAAGACAUUGAAGCCUCCCACAUUCCCGUGCAUGCUUUGAAUAAGAUUAAAUAUGGUGACACAGCUACCUCAGAAGGAGUCCUCUUUGCCACUUACUCUGCUCUGAUUGGUGAAAGCCAAGCAGGGGGAAAACACAGGACACGCUUAAAGCAGAUUUUGGACUGGUGCAGGGAAAAUUUUGACGGAGUUAUUGUAUUUGAUGAAUGCCACAAAGCCAAAAAUGCUAACUCCACUAAAAUGGGCAAAGCAGUGCUGGACCUUCAGAACAAACUGCCUCGAGCAAGGGUUGUUUAUGCCAGUGCCACAGGUGCCUCUGAGCCAAAAAACAUGAUUUACAUGAGCCGCCUGGGGAUCUGGGGGGAGGGCACCCCUUUCAGAGCAUUUGAUGAGUUCCUGCAUGCAAUUGAAAAGAGGGGAGUUGGUGCAAUGGAGAUCGUGGCGAUGGACAUGAAGGUCAGUGGAAUGUACAUUGCCAGGCAACUCAGUUUCACUGGAGUGACCUUCAGAAUAGAGGAGAUCCCACUGGAUCAGCAGUACAAGAUUGUCUACGAUAAAGCAGCAAAGCUGUGGGCAGAGGCCUUGAUGGUGUUUCAGCAGGCAGCUGACUGGAUUGGCUUGGAGUCUCGAAAGUCCUUGUGGGGUCAGUUCUGGUCUGCUCACCAGCGCUUCUUCAAGUAUCUCUGUAUUGCUGCUAAAGUCCGGCGACUUGUUGAGCUUGCCAAGGACGAGCUGGCAAAGGAUAAGUGUAUCGUCAUCGGCCUGCAAUCUACUGGAGAGGCUCGCACCAGAGAAGUCCUAGAUGAGAAUGAUGGGCAUCUAAAUUGUUUCGUCUCUGCUGCAGAAGGCGUCUUUCUAUCACUAAUUCAGAAGCACUUUCCUUCAACCAAAAGAAAGAGAGAAAAAGGAACUGGCAUUAAAAGAAAACGGAAACAGAAGAGCCGCUGCGCCAAAGCUCUGAAGGGUGUAUGUGACCCUGCCGGUGUGAUCAAGAUCAGUGAUGACAGCAGCACUGACUCCGACAUGGGACUUGAUAGUGACUUCAACUCUUCCCCAGAGUCUGUGUUUGAGACUGACGAUGUCAUCUUCGUCGAGCACACCUACAAUGGCUUUGCAGCUGAGGACAGAAGCAAUUUUCACUUGCUGCCUUCCCAAAAAGAGAUGCAUGGCCUGAGAGAACUAGAACAUGUUGAAAAGAUGAAACAGAACCUCCUAGCAAAAGUAAAAGCACUGGGAAAAGAGCUACCUCUCAAUACCUUGGAUGAACUGAUCAAUCAUUUUGGGGGCCCAGAGCACGUGGCAGAGAUGACUGGGCGGAAGGGCCGGGUAGUAUGCAGACCGGAUGGCUCUGUCAUGUUCGAGUCGCGUGCAGAACAAGGCCUUUCCAUAGACCACGUCAAUCUGAAGGAGAAGGAGCGUUUUAUGAACGGGGAGAAGCUUGUAGCAAUAAUCUCCGAGGCCUCCAGCUCAGGUAUCUCUCUCCAAGCAGACAGACGGGUGAAAAACCAGAAACGCCGGGUCCACAUGACACUGGAAUUGCCCUGGAGUGCAGACCGGGCCAUACAGCAAUUUGGUCGAACGCACCGCUCGAAUCAGGUUUCUGCUCCAGAGUAUGUCUUCCUUAUCUCUGAGCUGGCAGGGGAGAGGAGGUUUGCGUCUAUCGUGGCAAAACGUCUGGAGAGCCUAGGUGCCUUAACUCAUGGAGACCGAAGAGCCACUGAAUCCCGAGACCUCAGCAAGUACAACUUUGAGAAUAAGUAUGGGGCUAAAGCACUAGACAGAGUCCUCUCCACCAUCCUCAACCACACAGAGAACAAGGUUCCUGUACCCAAGGGCUAUGAGAGAGGAGAAGCUUCAUUUUUUCAAGAAAUGAAACAAAGCCUCAUCUCUGUGGGGAUCUGCUGCAAUCAGAUGAAGUACGGCGCCAUCUCAGUGGAGAAGGAUCGCUCCAUCACCAAGUUCCUGAACCGGAUCCUGGGUCUAGAGGUGGACAAGCAGAACAUGCUUUUCCAGUACUUCUCUGACACCUUUGACUACCUGAUUGAAAAGGACAAGAAGGAGGGCAAAUAUGACAUGGGCAUACUAGAUUUAGCCCCCGGAGUGGAUGAGAUCUACGAGGAGAGCAAGGAAGUCUUCCUGACCCCUGGACACCCACAGGAUGGGCAGGUCGUGUUUUAUAAGAUCAGUGUCGACAGAGGCUUGAAGUGGGAGGAAGCUUAUGAGAAGUCACUCAAACUGACGGGAUCUUUCGACGGGUUUUAUCUCUCCUACCGGAUGCGAGGAUGCAAACACACAUGUCUGCUGGCAGAGCAGAGCCGCGGGAAGAACUUCAUCCUGUACAAGCCAAAUAUUGGGAAGCAAAGUCAGCCUGAGAGCCUGGACAGCCUGCACAAAAAGUACCGGCGGGUGCUGCCUGAGGAGGCCAAAGAGCACUGGGAGAGCAGUUACCACUUCUCCUUGAAGAAGUGUAACCAUGCUGCUUGGAACAGGAGCUGCAAGCUGAUCCAGGAGGGGAAGGAGUGCUUCCAGGGCAUGCGCCUGCGUCACUACUACAUGCUGUGUGGCGCCCUGCUGCGGGUCUGGAGCAAGAUUGCCAGCAUCAUGGCAGACAUCACUAGCACCAGCUAUCUGCAGAUUGUCCGCCUCAAGACCAAGGAGAAAAAGAAACAAGUCGGGAUAAAGAUCCCCGAGAGCUGUGUUCGUAAAGUGUUGGAGGAGCUGAAGCAGAUGGAUGAGAACGUGAAGCGGAAGCACAGCCGACUCCUCCUGGCCCAAGAGCAGAGCCUGCCGUUCUCCCUUCCACCUCACAUCCUGCCACAGCCGCUGGACCUCACACAGGCAGGGCCCAAGUUCCCCCUGCCCAGGCACUCCCUGCACCAGGACGAGAUCCUGGACUUGACCUACAGCCCUCCCAGUAACAGCAUCCCUGAUGUGGCGAUGAACCCAGAGCCUGGCGCUUUGUGCUUCUCCUCAGAGCCUGUUCUCCAGCCACACCAGCAGCACGGGUUACCCUUUGACUUCAGCCACCCUUCUGCCUUCAAGACUCCAGCCCCAGUCCUGGAGGGGAACAUGCCUCUGAGUUCCCCCCUGCACGAACAUCUGCCUCUCCCUCACCCUGGACCCUUGCAUACACUGCAGCAGCAGCAGGAAGACUUUGUCCAGCAGAAUGGGAAUAUCAAUUUUAGAGAGAUACUGGAGGAGAUGUUGAGGACGUUAAAUGUGGCUCCCCAAGAGAACAUGCUGUCCCAGGAGCGCCAGAGUGUGAUCCAUUUUAGUGGGCCUUUCUCUGACUUCUGAAAACCAGCUGAUCCCAGCAUAGCGCUGGGCAAACCAGGCGCUGCUCAACGGCUGUGGAUCCAUAUCCUUUGGUGCAAAGAUGGGAGUUGGGGAGCCCUGGCUUUUCUACUGGUUUGGACUGAUCCACUUCUGUUUUUAAGGGGAAAAGAAAGAAAAAACUAUAGUUCCUUAAAGCAAAGUUUAUUUAUAUAUAAUAUACAGUCACGCAUGUAUAGAUUUGUAUAUAACAUGCGCUUGGGAGGAGCUGAGUGCUGCCAACCUCAGCUGAUUUUGACUGAUGGUCUCUGCUGUGUCCAAGUCUUGCUCAAAGGUCAGUGCCCCUGUAGGACAGAGGGGAGACAUUCCCUCCUCUCCAUGCUUGUCCCCCUGUAAACUACUGAGCUUUCCAGACUGGCUUAUCCCUUCCCCAGCCCUCCAGCCCAGAGGUCUGCAGCAGCUGCUGACUGCACCAGUUUGUUACUGAACUGGGCAGGAUCAUAUCUGGUCUCAAAACAAUCUGAUGACUGAAGCGCUGGUCCAUUACUAAAGUUGGAGAGCCCUGUCUGCUCCUGACAGCUGCCUGACCAAGCUGUAUCUGCACUGGCCAGUGCCAGCUUUCCUCUUGGGCUGCACCAGCGCUGCUGUGCACCUUGAGGCUGCACUGAACACUGGGCUCUGGAGAGCUGAGUAUGAAGGCAGAUGUGAAGGGGAACGUAGUGAUGUCCCAGAGUAGUUGGGAGCCACUGAGCUAGUGUCCGUGUGUGCAGGGUUGAACAGACUCAGUUGAGAGAAGCAAAACUGUUCCUGCUCUGCCUUCCCUGGGAAGGGAUCCUGACACUCUGGGGCUGCUUGAGCUCCGCAGGAGAGGGCAGGAGCUGUCUGCCCCAGUGCCGUGUUUGUCAGUAUUGUGCAGUGAGCUCAGCUGUGCUGGGACCAUAUGGAGGAUUUCCUGAAGCAGAAGGGCUGUGUGUCCCAUCAACCUGUCUCAUAGCCCCUGGCCAGCCUGCACCUCAGCCCUGCACAUUGCUGCAUCUCUGGCUUCCCAUGCUUUUUCUAAAUAGCUAUCAUGUAGUGUCCUUCUGUCUGGCCGCUAGUCCUGUUCUACAUGGCUUGUCCUCAGCAGGACCACGCACACAGAUGUGGGUUUCUGGAUCUUGGUGAGCCAGCCCAGCCACGACUGAUCUCAGUGAGAGCACUGCAAGGUCCCAAAAGGGCUGAGGUCCCUUGCAAGCACCGGAGUUGUGCAGUAUUGCUGCUCAUGCUGCAAAUCCAGCCUCCAAUACCAAAGAGCGAAUAUUUGCUUUGCAAAGCACUGCCCCAGAUAACCCAACUGCCUGUUAAGCAGCAGGUCAGGCCAGGAGCGGCUGGGGGAGCUGCUUUCUCUCCAGGACAUGUGUAGCCUCCAGCCACCCUGCCACCAUCCCCAGGCACUCGGCUGCUGUUCCAGAAGCGUCUCAACCUCGGCAGGUCCCGGGGAAAUUGUCCUUUGUUUUCUCUUUUUAAUCAGAGGAGCCUGGCAGGAAGCUGCCUGCUGGCAGGAAUACUCUGGGCCCUGGCAGCUCCUCCGCAAGCCUUCCUUCUGCUGUGUUUCUUUUCUCUGCCUUGGAUUGUCUAGGUAUUUCCUGGAAGCAGCACCAGGAUAUUUUCCAGGGAAAUACUUAAGAUCUGCCCUGUCUGGCCCAGCCCUUCCUUGGAGAGGGACCUGGGGAAGGAGGCCCACUCAGGGGAGUAGCCUCUGCUGGAGUCCCCCCCGUGCCCUGACAGGUCAGUCUUGAAAGUGCUGGCACUUUUUGCAUGUGCCUGGUUGAUUCUGCACCUCCAGGCGAAGAGCCUUGACCCUCCAGCAUGAGACUAGCUGAGUGCCCGGCUUGCUGUUGGGAAGUGCUUCAAACCAGUCCCAGCAGUGUUGGUGCUCGCGCUAAGACAGGAUCCGCCUUCCCCAGUGCGUUAGACCGUGGCUGGUUUUGGAGGGUGGCCUGGCUGUGACCCUUCCCCUUCGUUUUGGAGGCUUAUUUUUACCCCACCUUUCCCCCAGCCAGCAUCUGCCUCCUGCCAGCCCUUCCUCCAGCCUGGGAAGAGCUGUGGCAGUGCCAGGCAGGGCCCAGCGUGUUGCUGCAGACAGGGCUGCUCGGGGGCAGCGCUUGACUAGGAUUCAAGGAAAGCUCCUUACCUCAAAGUAAACACCAAAGAUCAGAAGCCCUCCCCGGCACUUCUCUGGGCAGAGCGCCCUGGGGGGGGGGUUCCCCCAGAUCCUAGGAUCACCCCUGUCUCAUGGUGACACAACAGCCUUUUCCUAGUCCCGAGCAGGGCAAGGGCUGCCCGUUGCCCCUUCCCCCAGCCCCACGUGUUGCUCUAUUUAAAGUGCUUCCCAGUUCACAACACUCAUGGAGAACCUGGAGGGGACUGCCGGCUCCGGCUUCGCCCCAUCCUGGUUCAUUCGCUUGGCGCUUGCUGAAUUCUCAGCAGCAGCAGAAAAACGGACGCCAAGAAAACCCAUUUCAAAAAGGCUUAAACUCAGGAAUAGCGACAAGGUAUUCUCACUCUAGGCACCCUCCGCCAGACGCCUCGCCCCAGGGAGGAAGCAGAGCACCGUUACCUGGAGUCUUAUCUGGUGGCUUUGUUGAUGUUACUUUUAAAAUAUAUGCAAUUCCCCCUCCCUGAUCUCUGGAAAGACAGAGAGCACCUUCAAGGAAAUUCUUCCCUGUCCCAAUCCUGUGUUUUUGUCAGGGUUAAUAAUAUGUAACGAUAUCUUUUAACUAAAUUAUUAUGCAGUUGUCCUACUGAUUGUAUGUAUUUUUAAAUGAGUCCCCUUUUUCUUCCUCCCUUAAAACUUUUCGUUAGCACUUUUUAAUCUGCUUGUUGUUUGCCUUUGUUUUUCUAUGUGUAUUUAUAAUUAAUUGAGAUGUAUAUAUGUAAAGAGAUUUUUUUUUUUAGAAUAUGUGCCUUUGACUAAUAAUUCCUAAAUUUUCUACUUGCCUCAAAAGGAUAAUUUUUCAUUCUGCUCAGUAAAAAUGGAAAGGAAGCCACAUACAA